CGACUUUAGAAGAGGUCUAAUAAUGUGAUGGCGGCCUUUAAAAGAGAGGUACUAAUUUAAAGGGCGGCGUUGUGUAGAGGUAUACAUACCUGGUAAUGGUCGAUUAUGGGAAAGCUAAUAUUGACAAGAUCCACAUGGCCUUGGAUGGAAGAGAUGUCUAAUCAUCUAGAACAGUACUAUAACAUAGUAUUUGACCAGAUAUUUUCUCCGAACACCAAGCAUCUGGUGACAUGCGAUCGCUACGGCCGACUAGCUGUGUUCAGUUUAGCAGCUGCUUUGGGAGCUUCCGCUGAUAACGGCAAGUCUCCUGUGCUCACCACUACUGGUGGUGGUGGUCCGGCCUAUUGUCUGGAGACUGCUGGUCAGCUGCUAUUCAGUGGUGGGGAGGAGGGAAUUCAGGCAUGGAAAUGGAGUGAUCUGACCAAGACAACCAACAAGACUAUUGAACCCGUGGCCACUCUAUCUCCCCCGGCAAGACAACAUGUGACUCCGGACACCAACGCACUCGUCUAUGAUGAAGCGACAGAGACCCUCUACUCUGGGUGUGGAGAUAAUAAUGUGUACGGCUGGGACAUAGCCACUGGUCAGAUCAAGACCACCCUCUCUGGUCACGAUGACUACGUACACUGUCUGUGUUCACGUGCUGGAGGACAGCUGCUCUCUGGAGCCGAGGAUGGGACUGUGAGACUGUGGGAUCCAGCUCGUGAAAACAAGACCGUUCAUACAAUUCACAAAGGUGGUCGCUCUGAGUGGGUGGGGUGUGUGGGCGUUGACUCGGGAGGGGAGUGGAUUGUGUGUGGAGGGUCGGAACCACCAUCUAUAUACCACCUCUCGACACUCAGUCAUGUGACUACACUAGCCACGCCUCCUGGUGUCAUCACGCAAGCUAUCCUGUUCACAAACGAUAGAAUCAUUACAGCUGGCUCUGAGCGUCUCCUCCGCCAUUGGUCAAUCAGUGGUGACUCCAUGGCAACCAUCCCCUCGGCUCAUAGCCAUGCCUUCUCUUUGGCCCACAACAAAAACAGUCAGCAAUACGAGAUGUGGACAGUGAGUGGAGACUCUUCAGAGCUACAGGUGUUCACUAACCUCGGAUACAAAGCUUUCUCUCUAACUCUAUAACUCAGUGUAUAUGAUAUAUAGUUUUACAUCUCUCUAACAUGCUCUUUAUGAAUGACUUCAAAUUGUACUGAUGAUUUGUACUUGAUGAACAAUGAUUCAAUUAAUUGAUGUUGAUAAAAAGAGUUAUGUUUUCACA